CUAUCAUCAGUACGCUGACGAUGCCUCUGUCCUGGAGGCCGUUUCUUCUGCUAUCGGCAUCGGUUUGUGUCAUUUCAGCGGCCGAUCUUUUCUCGAAUUCCUUUCUGGUCAAGUUCAAACGAGAAGUCGACAGCAAUGAAGCUCACACCGUCGCCAAACGGAACGGCUUUGUCAAUAUGGGACCGGUGUUGGGCUCCAGAGAAGAAUAUCACUUUAUCCACCAUGGAUUGCCUGUUGCUCGUACCAAGAGAAGCGUAUCUCACAUGAGGAAAUUAAAAGUUGAUCCCUUGAUUCACACAGCAGUUCAACAGCCGGGCUUUGUGAGAGUAAAAAGGGGUUACAAGCCAUUAAAAGUAGAAAACUUGGUACACAACAUUCAACCGCACAAAGACCCCACGGAUCCUUACUUCCAAUUCCAAUGGUAUCUAAAGAAUACCGGCCAGAAUGGAGGGAAAGCGAAGCUGGAUUUAAAUGUUGAAGCUGCAUGGGCGCAGGGCGUCACUGGAAAGAACAUCACCACCGCCAUUAUGGAUGACGGUGUCGAUUACAUGCAUCCAGAUUUGAAGUACAAUUACAAUGCCAAGGCCAGUUACGACUUUAGCAGUAACGAUCCUUUUCCCUAUCCACGUUACACGGAUGACUGGUUUAAUAGUCAUGGUACCAGAUGUGCAGGAGAAGUGGCAGCAGCCCGAGAUAAUGGAAUUUGCGGAGUUGGCGUGGCCUACGACUCAAAAAUUGCAGGAAUAAGAAUGUUAGAUCAACCAUACAUGACUGAUUUGAUUGAAGCCAACUCAAUGGGCCACGAGCCAAACCUAAUUGACAUUUACAGCGCCUCUUGGGGUCCCACCGAUGAUGGAAAAACGGUUGAUGGACCAAGGAAUGCUACGAUGAGAGCCAUUGUAAGAGGAGUUAAUGAGGAAUUGUCACGGAGCCAUAAAAUCCAGACAUGCGCGUUUCGAAUACUAUGUAGAAAAAUCCAAGAGGUCGGUCAAAAAGACCAGGACGCGAGUGAUCUAGGGAUAAGGGCCCCUACCAGAUUUUUGAUACGGGGCCCCCUCGAGGCUAGCUACGCCACUGCUUGGGCCUAA